ACUCAGUCUUCGACAGGUGGUGGGAAAAUGUUACCAAAUAAUAUGUCUCACAUCUCCUCUUUGCAGCGAAAUCCAUCUUGUCCGAAGUGCAAUGGGUUCUUUGUUACGAAAGAGCACAAUCGGCAACACAGAAAUCCUCUUAUUCUGGACUGUGGCCACACAUUCUGUGAGGGAUGUCUCACUAAGAUGGCCAGAGAGACGAAGACCUCUGUGUCAUGUCCAACAUGCAAGACAGUGACAGAAUUACCACAAGGAGAGGCCAGUGUGAAGAAUCUGUGGCCAGAUGUCUAUGUAACAGGAUGGAUGUUGUGUCAACAGAGGGCACUGCUCAAUCAAGAACUUGAGAAGUUAUCCCCAGCAGGAAUGGUACAGAACCCUGGGUUCAGGACUGCCCCAGAUAAAGGAGAGAAGGAAAAAAUGUGCCGAGAGUGUUUUCGAAGAUUAGCGAUGUGUCGAUGUGACAAGUGUGAUGUCAUAAUGUGUCAUGGAUGCUUUGAAAAGGUCCAUUCCAAGUCCAAUACUUUAAAACAGCACCAAGCUUUGCCAAUGGAAAGUGAGGACAGUUUAAAAGGGGAGUUAACUCAGGAUUGUCCACUGCAUGAAGGGAGAGAACUGGAAUAUUAUUGUGAAGAUGACAAAAUGCCAAUCUGCUCCAAGUGUGUGAUAUUUGGGAACCACAAGGAUCAUGUCAUUACAUCUAUGGAAGAAAAGAACAAAACAGUUUUCUCUGAAAUGGAGCCAGCUUUGCAUCUUGCCAACAAAGUUGUAAGAAAAUUGAUUAAAGUUGACAAG